AUGCAUCUUCUUCGGAUAAGCCAGCUGGCUGGACCGGCACAGUUCCGCGGCCUUCACAGUUCUUAUGGUCUUUGGGUAUUCUAAAAAUAUACUUAUUUUUAACGUAAACGUGUUCAGAGCAAGGUAGCGCUCAGCAAGUUCGACAAGAACUCUCAUCUACCUUAUGAGAGACUUUCUAAAAAUGUGAAGAUCGUCAGAGAAAGGUACACGUUUCAGAACAAGUUUUGACUAACUGUGGAGCGUUUAGUUCCAAAAAAUCUAGUUCGAAAAAAAGUCGAAAUGCAAAGCUCAAAGUUUUUUAUUUCAUAAUAUCUAUUUUCAACGCACUUUUUCUUAUCGAGAAUUCUAUGAUUUUGUGAUAGUAGAUACGAUGUUCUCUUCUCCGUGAAUUAUUUUGUAACAAACUUUGGGCCGUUAUCGCACAAACAUCAAUCGCCCGUUGUUGUUGAGAGAGCGCCGGUAUUGAUAUGGUGUUUCUAAAGCGAAUCAGCAAAAACAAAACCUAGAGUGUUUUGAGUUUGUAUUGAUUACCCAUCAAACGAGCACGCAAUGUGUAUCAAAGUCGUAGUCUCGGGCGGCAGUUGCGCCGAAAAUGAACUUUGCCCUCCACUUUGUCAAUAUCAAAAACAUUCAAUAUUUGUGAGAAUUGUCAGCGCAAAAGGAAAUUCCGAAAUUAAUUUGAAAGGUUGACGGCAAAGUUUCAUGGUUUCAUUAGUUGAAAAAUAUUAAUUAUCAAAAUUAUCAAAAAAAUUUAUAAACGAGUAAUUUAUUUUCUUUUUUCUUUCAAAAAAGUUUUUAGUUCAGCAAAGAAUACUGGUGAAAAAAAUAAUUGCGAUAUAUGGAAAGAAUUUCUAGAUCAUUAUUUUGACUUUUCGCCAGAUUUCAUUGUUGUUUUUUUAAGCGAAAGUCGAAAAACUUCGUUCACGAAAAAAAAAAACCUUUUACAUUGGUUUGUAAAAGACCUAUCAUUUGAGUAUGAAAAAAAUAAGUUCAGAUCUAAACUUGAGAAAUGGUUUGAGAACAACAUUACAGAACUAAACACUCUUGAUCCAACAAAAAUAUGAAAGCUACAUAAUCGACAUCUAAAAGAAUAACUUCAUGGUUAUUCCAAUUUACUCAAGUGGGGGGUUAACACGACCGCGAGUCCUCUUCCCUCCAUCACUACAAGUUCCGACACAUAUGUUCCCAAACUCUCCCUACAUCUAUUUCGUGAAAUUUAGUACUUGUGUGUGAGAAAUAAAACAUUUUGAUUGAUAUUGUUUGGUAAAAGAUCUAUGAUGGUUUUUAAUCAUACUUUCUUCAUUGCAUAGGCUGAAGCGGCCGCUGACGCUCUCCGAGAAGAUUCUCUAUGGUCACUUGGAUCAACCCGAAGCACAGGCGAUCGAACGCGGGGUUUCCUAUCUCCGUCUGCGGCCGGACCGCGUCGCCAUGCAGGACGCUACGGCUCAAAUGGCUAUGAUGCAGUUUAUCAGCUCUGGUCUUCCCAAAGUACUUUUAAAAAAAUUACCUGUAUUAUUAUAAAAAAUCUAGAAGAUUGCAUUAAUACCGCAUUUAAAGUGAUUUUUAAUUCAGAUUUUUUUUUUCUGUCACUUUGAAAGAUGCUGAAUAACCUCAAAAAUCGUUCAAAACUUCAAGUUAUUUUUUGGCAGUGACGUUUCUUGCAUUUUUCCUUUAAAAAAGAGGAAAAAGAAGAGAGUAGAACGGAAGUAAAGUUUAAUCUGUCCAGGUUGCUGUCCCAUCGACGAUCCACUGCGAUCACUUGAUCGAAGCUCAAAAAGGAGGUGUUCCUGAUUUGGUUCGCUCAAAGGUUCAGUUUCUACUUCCUCGUGUUGAUUUCAAUUUCGAUCUUACAGGAACUAAACAAGGAAGUUUUCAACUUCCUCUCCUCUGCUGGAAACAAGUAUGGCGUCGGAUUCUGGAAGCCGGGAUCUGGUAUCAUCCAUCAGAUCAUCUUGGAAAAUUACGCUUUCCCCGGCCUCUUGCUCAUUGGAACUGACUCUCACACUCCUAAUGGAGGUUUCCGGAUAGUUUUAACGUGAAAAAAAUUUUAUUUGAGGUGGUCUGGGCGGUCUUUGCAUCGGAGUUGGAGGUGCUGACGCUGUUGAUGUUAUGGCUGAUAUUCCAUGGGAGCUCAAGUGCCCCAAGGUAAUAUCGAAAGAGUUUGUGAAAUGGAAUAAAAAUAAGUUUUACAGGUUAUCGGUGUCAAAUUGACUGGAAAACUUAGUGGCUGGACCUCGGCUAAGGAUGUCAUCCUGAAGGUUUUAUUGAAAAUUUGUUUUGACUAAAGGAAAGAAGGGCGAUUAGAUAAAAAAACGAGAUUCAAGAAAGGAUAUUAAAAGAAAAGAGUUCAAAAAAUAUCUAAUGCAGCUUUACUUUUUUUUUUUGCGUUUUUUCAUCACUUUUUGUUUAUAAAAAUCAGCGAAAGGGUUGGCACACGUUCCUGUUCUGAAUCUAUUCGAAGUUGUAUGUACAUAUUCGAUUUAGCUGGCCGACAUCCUCACUGUAAAAGGAGGCACCGGGGCUAUCGUCGAAUAUUUCGGCCCUGGAGUCGAUUCAUUGUCCGCCACUGGAAUGGGAACCAUUUGCAACAUGGGAGCUGAAAUUGGAGCCACAACUUCGGUGUUCCCCUUCAAUAAGAGCAUGUACAAAUACCUCGAGGUAGAAAAUCCAAUUGUUCACAAGUUGAUAAACUUGAUUUACUUUCAGGCCACCAACCGCAAGGCGAUCGCUGAUGAAGCCCAAAAGUACAAGGAAAUCUUGACCGCUGACGAUGGCUGCCAUUACGAUCAGGUUGAAAUCAUUUCUUCCUUUAAGUAAUCGACUUUUUUUGUUUUCAGGUCAUUGAAAUCAACUUGGAUACUCUUGUCCCGCACGUCAAUGGACCUUUCACCCCGGAUCUUGCUUCUCCCAUUGACAAACUUGCCGAAAACGCCAAGACUAACGGAUGGCCUUUGGAAGUCAAGGUUUGAUUGUGAAAAACUUUUUAUUCAUCCAAAAAAAAAAAAAUUAAGGUCGCCCUGAUCGGAUCCUGCACCAACUCCUCGUACGAAGAUAUGACGCGCGCUGCUUCCAUCGCCAAGCAGGUUGAAGACUUUGAUCGAAUCGGUAAAAUUAUUAAAUUUUCAGGCCCUUGACAAGGGACUGAAGGCCAAGGCUCUGUUCACCAUCACUCCUGGAUCCGAGCAAGUCCGCGCUACGAUUGAACGCGACGGAUUAACCAAGAUCUUCAGCGAUUUCGGCGGAGUAGUCUUGGCUAAUGCUUGUGGACCUUGCAUUGGUGAAUAUUUGUCGGAAAUUGAAGAAAAGUUGGACAACUGUCGGAAAUAGUAGAACAAAAGCAAAAAAAAAAUCUAUGGAAAGUUCAGCCGUCAAAAUCGAAUAUGCAUAGUUCUCCUUUUUUUUUUUGUCCAUCAAAGGCCUACGCUCUAACCACGCUCUCAAGUUUCAAUUUUUAUUUUUGCUGCUAUUUCUUGGGUAAAAAUUUUGAAAACCUAGAUUUAAACGAGAAUUAGGGAUUAUGGUUCGAAUACAAACGUAAAAAUUUUCGCGAAAAAUCUACGAAUGAAUAAUUUUUACAAACAACUUUAUAGUUCUAAAAUUAAAAAAAAUGUAAAAGCUGUUUUUAUUUUUUAUUUAGAAACUUUUUGAUGCUAUUUUUUGCAAACGAAAAAAACUAUCUAUUUCUAAGAAAUUUUUAAUUUUUUUGUAAAGCAAUAUACAUUUUAAAUUCAUAUUUCUCUUUUUUCUUUUUUAGGACAAUGGGAUCGUAAAGACGUGAAGAAGGGUGAGAAGAACACCAUCGUCACCUCUUACAACAGGAACUUCACUGGAAGGUUUUUCACCCUUCAUAUUUACUUAUCGCCGUCUUAUUCAGAAACGACGCCAACCCAGCGACUCACGGCUUUGUCACGUCUCCGGACGUCGUAACCGCCAUGGCCAUCACUGGACGUCUUGACUUCAACCCGCUUACCGACGAAAUUUCCGCUUCUGAUGGUUUUCACGUCUUAGUAAACUUUGAAACAUGGCCUUUUCAGGAUCCAAAUUCAAACUGAAGGCGCCAACUGGACAGGAUCUCCCAGCUAAGGGUUACGACCCUGGAGAGGACACUUACCAAGCCCCUUCAGGAUCCGGAAGUGUGAGAAAAGAUGAUAAUUUUGAGGAUUUUGAAAGUUGUUUUUAGGUUGAUGUUUCUCCCGAUUCUCAACGUCUUCAGCUUUUGGAGCCUUUCGAUAAGUGGGAUGGAAAAGACCUCAACGACAUGAAGAUCCUCAUCAAAGUGCGAAUCAGAAUAUAAUAGGGAAAACUUGUAAAGAUAGAUAAAAACUUAGGUUCUGACAAAAGUUAUGUGCGAUAGUAAGAAGAAAUGGACCUUUUUCAACUAUUCUGAUAGCGCGUUCAAAUUGAAUGCGACGAAAAAAAUUAGUUUCAACACGGUCUUGAGAUUUCAACGCCCUUUUCGAGAUUUUUUAUUUUAGCUUUCUUUUUUCAUAAAAAACGAAUUUUUUUUCAAACUAAAAGGGAUUCAAUGAACUUUUUCUUGAGUUUCAGGUGAAAGGAAAGUGCACGACUGACCACAUUUCUGCGGCUGGACCCUGGCUGAAGUACAGAGGUCAUUUGGACAACAUUUCCAACAACCUUUUCCUAACCGCUGUCAACGCUGAGAAUGGAGAUAUGAACAAGGUUUCUUAACCAUUUUGGUUGAAAGAAUGAAAAUUAUUUGGUUUUCAGGUCCGCAACCAGGUUAAUGGAGAGUUUGGAACCGUCCCUGACACUGCUCGUUUCUACAAGGCCAAGGUGGGGUUGAUAAUUAUUAUUACAAGAAAAGAAAACGUUUUUCAAGGGCGUCAACUGGGUCGCGAUUGGUGACGAAAACUACGGAGAAGGUUCUUCGCGUGAACACGCCGCUCUGGAGCCACGUCACUUGGGAGGAAGAGCUAUUAUCACCAAGUCGUUCGCCAGAAUUCAUGGUAUAAUUUUCAGUUUUUUUUUUGUAACUGUUAAUUCAUUUAUUUUUUUCUAAUAGAGAAUUUUUAUGUUGGAGUUUUAAUACUACUUCCAUACACAGGAAUUAUAUUUUUCCAAGUUGAAUAUUGAUAACCUCGAAAAUCUUCUCAAAAAAUGUUUUCUAUUAAGUCUACUCUAUAAACUUACAGAGACCAAUUUGAAAAAGCAAGGAAUGCUUCCUCUGACCUUCUCCAACCCUGCCGACUACGACAAGAUCGACUCUUCUGACCGGUUAAAAAAAAUUUACUUUCACCUUUUGACUGCGUUAUUUUUUUAGAGUUUCAAUCGUUGGAUUGAAGGACUUCGCCCCAGGAAAGCAAAUCAAGGCUGUCAUCACUAAGAAGGACGGCUCCAAGGUUUGAGAAAGAUUAACUUGUCCAAAAAUGACGAAGGUUCAGAUCGACAUCUACCUGAACCACACUUUCAACGAGCAGCAGAUUGAUUGGUUCCGCGCCGGAUCCGCCUUGAACCGAAUGAAGCAGGUGUUCGCCCAGCAGAACAAGAAAUAA